UCUCAGCGUUUGCUUGACUGACUUCACACAUCACAGUACAAGUGGGCCAUUCCAGAUAUUUCAUAGUACCACAAUGGACUCUAUUACCGAUGACCGAGGCAUUGUUCUUCUAGACGACCCAGAUACUUGACAUUUACGCGUAUAAAGUGUGAAAGCGGAGCUCGAUGACUGUCUAAAUCUACCGAAUUGUACGGAGUAUUUGAUUUUCUAUGCAAAAAUGUCAAACUCGAGCUCAAUGCCAGUCCCUGCACUCCCAUCCUACAGUCAAGUUGCUUGCAUUGGGGCAGGAGCAAGUGCGAUUGCGUUAGGUGCAUCGCUGAAAAGAUGGUACAGUUUAGAAGAUAUUCGCUUUUUUGAGCGGCAGACAGACUGUGGUGGAACAUGGCAUAUCAACACCUAUCCAGGUUGCGCGUGCGACGUUCCUAGCGCUCUAUACAGCUUUUCAUUUGCUCCUAACGCUCAGUGGUCGAAGUUGAUGCCUUCCCAACAAGAAAUCAAAGCGUACCAGGACGGUGUUGUGGCAACAUAUGAUUUGAGACAAAGAAUGAUAUUCCGCACGGAGGUGACACGGUGCGUAUGGCGGGAUGAUGCAUCUCGAUGGGUUCUUUUUCUCCGCAAUGUCGAAACUGGAGAAGAAUCAACACAUGAGUGCCAGGUACUAUUUUCCGCCACAGGGCACUUUGCUGAACCUCGGCCCUGUGAAAUUCCGGGGGCUUCGUCUUUCCAAGGCGACAUUAUUCAUUCCGCCCGAUGGGAUCCUAACGUCAGCCUAGAGGGUAAAAGAGUUGUGGUUGUCGGGAAUGGAUGUACGGCAGCGCAGAUUGUACCUGCUAUUGUCAAGCAGACCAAAUCUUUGACGCAGAUCAUUCGGUCCCAACAUUGGAUCUUCCCAGCAACCAACUUCACCUACCCGAAGAUCUUGAAAUGGAUCUUUGAGUACAUUCCUUUUGCAUUGAAACUUCAUCGACUGCAUAUUUUCCUCAUUGCGGAGAAUGGCUUCCGAAUGUUUCCAAUGACAAAUAGGGCUGCACGGCUGAGACAGAAGCGCAGAAAAGAGGUUGAGAAGUACAUGAAAGAAACAGCGCCGCCAAAAUAUCAUGAUAUUCUGAUUCCAGAUUUUGAGAUAGGAUGCAAGCGACGGAUUUUCGAUGAUGGAUAUCUCAAAUCGCUUCAUAGUGAAAACCUUUCUCUCACAACAGCCAAGAUCCUUGAGAUUGUUCCUGAAGGUGUGAGAACUUCCGAUGGAAUCGUUGCUGCCGAUGUCAUUGUCCUAGCAACCGGGUUCAAAACGAAUCAAUUUACGCCCUUCAUGGAAAUUGUGGGACGUGAUGGAAGCCUGACUGACCACUGGAAGAGAUAUGAUGGGCCUGAAGCUUACAACUGCUCUGCUAUGAGUGGAUUCCCGAAUUUCUUCCUGCUGUUUGGGCCCAACGCAGGAACUGGUCAUACCUCAGCGCUGAUGGCUGCGGAAAACUCUGUCAAUUACGCUCUUCGUGUACUAAAACCGGUCUUUGAAAAAGGAGCGGAUUCUGUUGAGUUAACGCAGGUAGCGGAGGACGAAUAUUCCCACAGAGUUCAAGAUGCAUUAAGAAAGCGAGUGUGGAAUGCUGGCUGCCAAUCGUGGUAUCAAAAUGAUAAAAACUGGAAUGCCAUGGCCUAUCCAUGGUCCCAAGCCUAUUUCUGGUACCGGAGCUUAUUUCCAAUCAACUCACACUGGAAUGUCCGGACCCGUGGCCCCAGGAAGUCUCAGAUCGGCACAUACUGGACGAUAAUACCCAUUCUUGUUGGUUUGAGUAUCGCCGCAUCCCGCACCGGGAAUAUUUGGACCGUUGGUCCUAUGCUACUAGACUUUGGCAAGAACAUGCUGUCUUCCAUACGACACAUGUCCACUUCUGGUUUUGCGGAGAAUUGGAUCAAUAUAGCCAAGGGCUGAUUUUCGAAGUCGAAUUCAUCAUGUCUCAGAGCCCGAUCGUAGAACAGACAAAAAAAGCUGUCUAGGCGUUAUCACUAGAGAGAAGAACACGAUUGAUUCUGGGCUCUGCUCAUUACUUGUCACUUAAUCCGUUUUAGUUCAUUUGUUCUCAACCGUUUUCCUUUUUCCAUUCUUUAAAUUUUUUUAUUUUAUUGAGCCCCUUUUUUCAGUCGAUAUACUCCGGCAUAGCAUAAUAGCCCGCCUUGGAAAUGCAAUAGCAGGGUGUGUGUUACUGGGUCAGGGAC